GGGAAGCAGGUGAUCGUGCACAACGACCUCACGGUCUACGGCAACUCGAUGCUGGCGGGCAUAUUGAACCCCGCGACGGGCGACUCGGACGUGGUCGCCGCGAAGCUGAUCCAGCCGGACAACCAGAGCGAUCUGAUCCUGCGAGCUUCCCCCGUCGGGCGCAUCGUGCUCAACGGGGACGUGGAGAUCUCCGGAUCACUCACCUACGUGGAUCCCGAUUCGAAUCUGUUGUGGGACAACAACCUGAUCAUAGGCGAGCUCAAGACCGUCACCUUGGGCAGGUUUCCCGACGGGUCCAACGUGGACAUGACCGGCAGCGGCCUCCUGAUCCGGGGGACCGACUACCCGCAGGACCCUCGGAGCCUGUCGCUCACUUGGAACGGCGGGGACUCCAACAUGCUGGACCCCUACUGGAAGCUCAACGGGGGUGACUUGCAGAUAAGCCGGGUCAUCGACGGCGUGCCGUUCGCUUAUAAGUUUGCCAUCGACGGGGAGGGUCAGCUUAUCGUGCAGAAGGUGCACGAGGACUCGACCACCGACGACGUGCUAGUGCUGGUUCCGCUGCAGGGAUCGUGA